AUGCUUUCCAUACUAAGAAAAGCCCGAUUGAAGGACAAAGAGAUGCGAAUAUUGAUGCUUGGUCUUGAUAAUGCCGGGAAGACAACCAUCGUCAAGCGGAUUAUGAAUGAGGACGUUACAACUGUCAGCCCAACACUGGGCUUCAUCAUCAAAACAAUUGAUUUUAUGGGAUACAGACUGAACAUUUGGGAUGUCGGGGGACAAAAGACCCUGCGAUCAUACUGGAAAAACUAUUUUGAAAAAACAGAUACUCUGAUCUGGGUAGUAGAUGCGACAGAUCGUCUGAGAACAGAUGAUUGUCGAGAAGAGCUUGCAGGUCUACUUCUUGAAGAGCGUCUCAUGGGAGCAAGUCUCCUUAUAUUCCUAAACAAAACAGAUGUCGAAGGAUGCAUGACGGAAGAUGAAGUUCGUCAACGUCUUUGCUUAGAUGAAAUUAAGACCCAUAGAUGGACGAUAUUACCCUGCAGUGCAAUGACAGGAAAAAAUCUCAACCAAGGAUUGGAAUGGGUGGUACAAGAUGCAAAGGACAGGCUUUUCCUUUACUGA